AGUUUAAUAAAACACCAGUUUAGGUAUUGCUAAGUCAUAUCUUAACAUUUAAUAGAAAUAAUAGCAAUAAUUAUGACUUUAAUUAACUUGUUUUGCAUAACAUCUUUAAGAAGCGAUCUGAUUGUCCGCAAAUUCUUUACGGUCAGUGCUUUAGGAUAUGAGUGGAACUCUGAAAAAGAGCACAAUUAUGACAUUGUUAUAGUCGGUGGUGGUAUUGUGGGAACUGCUACGGCUCGGGAAUUAGCUAUUAGAAAUCCAAAACUCAAGUUAGCUAUUAUUGAGAAAGAAAACAGAUUGGCUGUUCACCAAUCGGGUCAUAAUUCUGGUGUCAUUCACGCCGGUAUCUAUUACAAGCCCGGAUCACUUAAGGCUAAAUUAUGUGUUGAGGGCUCAGCACUGGCUUACGAUUAUUGUGACCAAAAGAAGAUUCCUUAUAAAAAAGUAGGUAAACUAAUUGUAGCGGUAAAUCACGAGGAAGUGGAUCGACUCAAUGAACUUUACCAAAGAGGACUACAAAAUGGUGUCAAAGAUAUGAUUUUAGUUCAACAAAAUGAUAUCCAAAAGUAUGAACCAAAUUGUGUCGGACUUAAAGCCAUUUGGAGUCCACACACCGGUAUUGUUGACUGGGCUCAAGUUAACCAAUCAUUUGGCAAAGAUUUUGAAUCACUUGGCGGUCAAAUCUAUACUAAUUUUAAGGCAAAUAAAUUUGAAUUAGAGGAUAAUACUGGAGAUCAAUUGGUUAAAGUUAUUGAUAAUACCGGUGAUAAAGUGAUCAGAACUCGAUUUGUGGUCACUGCAGCCGGUCUUCAUGCCGAUCGUAUUGCAAAACUAACAAAUGGACAACAAAAUCCAAGAAUCGUUCCCUUUAGAGGAGAGUAUCUUAUUUUAAAGAAAGAAAAGAGUCAAAUGGUUCGAACCAAUAUAUAUCCGGUACCGGAUCCCAGAUUUCCAUUUUUAGGCAUACAUUUUACUCCAAGAAUGGAUGGAAGUGUAUGGCUCGGACCAAAUGCUGUGCUUUCACUUAAACGUGAAGGAUAUAAAAAAUCUGACUUUAGUUUAUCGGACGUCUGGGAAACCAUAAGAUUUAGUGGAUUUAGAAAUCUAGCACUCAAAUACUUGGGUCCAGGAUUUAGUGAACUUUAUAGAAGUUUUAGGACUACAGCACAGGUAGAAUUACUUCGCAAAUAUGUGCCUUCUCUUACAAUCGAUGACAUCGAGCCUAAGACUUAUAGUACUGGUAUCAGAGCCCAAGCACUCGAUGAAAAGGGCAAUUUAGUGGACGAUUUUGUGUUUGAUUCGGGAAGUGAUGAAAUUGGUAAACGAGUGCUACACGUGCGCAACGCACCGUCACCAGCGGCAACCUCUUCACUGGCCAUUGCAAAAAUGAUUGCAGAAAAAACUGAAACUUUAUUUUUAAAUAAAUGAUAUUUUAUUGAUAUAAUAAUUAAAUGAUUAAAGUAAUGAUACAUUUGUGAUAAAUAGAUAAUUGAUUUUAAAGA